GUCAACUUCAACCCACCAUCAACGAAUCAACUCACAAUCGUAGCCCAAAUCCUUUGAUCGUCUUCUUGUUCAGCCCUGCGAAGUGAGAAUUGAGUGGAGUUUCGCGAAUUUAGAUCGCCAGAGCCAUCUACAAUCUAUCGCUAUUCUUUAGCAGCCGAGCUGUGCCUAUCGCGAGCCAUGGCGACCAACGGCAUCGCGGAUGACUCUGCCAAGCUUCAGAUCCUCAAAGAUGCGCUGUACGACGAAAUCAGGCAACAUGGCUCCGAAACACGCCUUUUUGGUCAACAAGACCUGCUCGACCUCAACAUCAUCCCAAAGAACGAUGUGACCCUACUCGUCCGGGUGAUCCAGGCGCUUACCGACGACAAGCUUCUAGUUGGCACAACAAACCACCAUGCCGGGCUCGCAUGGCGAUGGCGCAGCAGGGAGGAGGCCAAGAAGUACACCUCGUUACCCAACGAUGAGACCGUGAUGGUGUACUCCAUCAUCGACGAGGCAGGCGCCGACGGCAUCUGGAACCGGACGAUCAAGAAUAGGCUCAACAUGCACGAGGCGGUGGUCAAGAACUGCAUCAAGUAUCUUGAGCAGAAGGGCUACAUCGCGAGCAUGAAGAAUGUUGAGCAUCCUAACAAGAAAAUGUACAUCAAGGCCACUUUGCGUCCCUCGGAACGUGCGACGGGCGGGCCCUGGUUCACGGAAGGUGAGCUUGACACAGCGUUCAUCUCAGAACUCGAGAGCAUCGUCUUCGAGUAUAUCAAAACGAAGAGCGCCUACCGCGGGUCCCAGCCGCAACCUGGUGGAGCGGCAUCAUCUAGCGGCGGCGCCGCCAAGGCGCCCAGGAAGGGCGCUGUCACCAGCGGGGAGGCCGCCAUCCGCGGCACGAAGCGUGCUGCAACGGAAAUCUCGACCGAUGACACCUCUCCCGCCCCCACUCCGACCACCUCGCGAGGAGGCAGCGCCAAGUCCCGCGCCGUCUUCCUGCCUAUGCCCGCAGGGUACACCCAGUACCCGACCGUAGCUGAAAUCGCCACGUUCAUCCAUGCCACAGGCAUAACUAACAACACGACACUCGCCGAAGCCGACAUCCAGCAGCUCGUAGACGUGCUGACCUACGACGGGCUGAUUGAGCCGGUGAGGGUCGGCCGACGGCGAGGCUACCGCGUAACACGCGCCAUGAGGCAGGAUACAGUUCCGUUCCACAAGCGACAAAAGGAUCGGGAGGCCGGCAUUGGGCUAGAUCAGCCCCUUGUUGUCGGUGCAGAGCCGCUCAGCAAUGGCUUGACGGAGGCACCGUGCGGGCGUUGCCCUGUGUUUGAGCUGUGCGAGGAAGGGGGCCCGGUGAGCCCGAGUAACUGCGUCUACUUCCUGCAGUGGUUGGAUAUGGAAGAUGCGCCAGCAGCGGUGGCACCCAACGUGGCUCUUCCGUCAUGAGCACCGGGUAAGCGGUGUAGCAGGGGGGUGGAAUGGAGCUGGGAACACUGUAUUUUGACUUUGGACGUUAUACCCAUACUAAUGGUUUCACUUAUGGGCUGCGGAGUUGAAGGUAUUUAGUUGUAUUACACCAGUAAACAGGAAGGCAAGCCAGAGAACUUCCAUAGAGCUGCGAUCUGGAACAUUUUGUGAAGUCGGUCGGAAAGUAAUCACAAUAGACAAUGCGAGGAUGAACUUGACAGUGGGCAAGAACGGCAACGGAAUGCUUUUGUUUCAGUUCUCGAGCUAGCAAACAUGUC